UCAAACACAUCCACCCUUCUAAAAGAAGAACUCUCAUAGAGCAUACACCACACACCUGAGCUGCUGGAAGCAGGUAUUUUUACAGCAGCAGUUCCUAAAUGUUUGGAUCCAGGGGUCAAGCCCUUAAACUCUGUGGCAGAUACCACAAUGGACAAAGGAGUGAACAAACACGUGCGUAUCACCACAUAUUAUCACUUCAAAGGUGACAUGUGGAUCACAGUCUGGGAACUGCUGCUCUACAGGAAGGGAGGCCGAAACCUUUAAGGUGGGCAGUGGUGAUGGCCAGGGUUUCAGCCUUCCUGGCUCUCACGUGGGAGGACGGCACUUUGCACAAGAACAAACACCUUUCAGAGGAACCUGACACAGUGCUCUGCUACGAAACUCAAACAGCAAGGAGACAACUUCCAAGCUUAUUCCCACUCAUUUCCUUUAUCCCCCACUAAAAAUGCUCUUCAAAUGCCAUAUUAAAGGGGAAGACACUGCAUGUGGAGGAUGCCACACUCCAUAUCUAGGUAGCAUAUCACCAACUUCCCUUCGCAGCAGGAGACCAGCAGCAACCAGGCAACAUCAGGAUCCCAAGCAAAUUUAAAUGCAGAGAAAUCCAUUGAUGACUACGAGGCUAAGAGAUUUUCAUCUCCUUGGUGCACUGGUCACACACUUGCAAAGUGCUGGUGAGGUCCUGUUCCACAGCACAGUUACACCAUGGCCCAGCAGGUUGAGCAGAUCCUUCUGGCUGAUGUCUGUCACUGCUGUGGGGAUCUUGUAACCAGCUGCUGAGACUUUCGUAAAGGGAAAGAAAAACCACCAAAGCAGGACAGGUUUAAGUGCUCUUAGGCCAAAGGUCCUGCUCUCCAAAUCACAGAUCCCUAGAGCUCCUGCAGGUACGUGCCAAGGACACAAUGCAUCUCUACUAUAGCAGCAAUCCUCAAAGCAGGGGGGAAAAAAAAAGUUAAUUACUUCCGUGACCUUAAAUCAACCCUAUCAGCUCCAACUGUCAAUGAGCAGUUGGCUUCUUGCUAAGCACAGACCAGAACUAGCUCUGGAGAAAACGAGAUGUUCCUGGGAAGCCACAGACACACAAUGCAGCUGGCUGUAUCCGUAACACCCUCCGAGGAAACAAUUUCCGCCACAGGCAGCGCAGGGUCCUCGUGCCAGAGGAUGCUGCAAAGCCGGAGCUUCCGCUGGCUGGUUUGAACCUCAUGGCACGGCACCAGGUCCGAGUGACCCGUGCGCACUGGCAAGCAACGCCCCCACUAUUUCCAGUUCCCCAAACCGGGCUACAGUAAUGAUGGCUUCUGGAAUCUUAAUUACGUGCUGGAGGAAGGACAAUCCUGCUCUUCAGCGGUAGUAACGGGAUUUCGUAACGAAGGAAAAACUCUGUUAAGCGGAAAGCGCGCUGUCACGCAGGUUGCAAGGUGAGGGGGUUUCCAGCCAAGCGCCGCCAAUCCCAUCCGCAAACAACCUGGCUCCACAGCUGCAAAUUAGUUCCUCUCUACCCUCAGCUCUCCCAAACGGUUAACUUCUGGCUGCGAGACCAUCCUAUCUCUCUGCCUGCUCAACAAUAGAUCCAGCUAAACAAAUGCCUCCUAAUUGACUUUGAGCAACACUUGAUUGCUUUUACAAAAAACAAAAGAGAGGAAAACAUUGGGGUUUAUGAAAUAAUGACUAAUCCUGGAGCAAGAGAAAGGGGAUGGGCUGAAGCACUGGUGUCAAACAGAGAUUCAAUCUCGGCUGAAAGAGCCCCAAGACACAUGGGCCAAGUCAUUCAUCCCUCCCCAACUGCCCUCAUUUCCACACCUGCUGAUCUAAGCCAAACCCCUGCUAAAAUCCAAACAAUCGGGGCCGCUGGCAAAUGAAAAUUGGAGCAUUGUCUUCCCCAUGAGGGCUCUGAAAGGGCCGCACUUAAUGAGGAUGGAUUGACAGAGAGGUGGUUCUUAGGCUAUAAAAGGCUUCCCACAGUUGGGAGCAGCUCAGUCCAGGGUGCGCUGACUGUUCGCCCACUCCCAGCUUGCUCCGAGCAUGGUCACAGCCCACCGCAGGCAACCCUCCAGGUCGGGUGGCCCAUGGCUACUGGGUCUCCUGGCGCGCCUGCUGCUCUGGGGCUCUCCAGGAGCCUGGGCAAGCUACCUGAGGAGAUCCUCCAGCUGCAUGCCCAUUCCACACCGCAUGGCCCUGUGCUACGACAUCGGCUACUCCGAGAUGAGGAUUCCCAACCUGCUGGAGCACGAGACCAUGCCAGAAGUGAUCCAGCAGUCUUCCAGCUGGCUGCCCUUGCUGGCCAGGGAGUGCCACCCAGACGCUAGGAUUUUCCUCUGCUCCCUCUUUGCACCAAUCUGCUUGGACAGGCUCAUCUACCCCUGCCGCAGCCUCUGCGAAGCCGUCAAGAGAAGCUGCGCCCCGGUCAUGGCUUGUUACGGCUACCCCUGGCCCGAAAUCCUCAACUGCAACAAGUUUCCUGCGGACCAUGAACUGUGCAUCGCCGCAGUCUCCAUGGAUGAAAAUUCCUCAAGCAGGAGAACAGUGCCCCGAGCCAGCUGCAAGGAUUGCGAGCUUGAGGAGGCCAGCACUGCCAGGGAGAUCCUGGAAAACCUCUGCACCAACGAUUUUGCAGUGAAAAUCCGGAUCCUGAGGAAGAACACGACCACCACCAUCUCGGACUUUGACCUGGAUCCCUCCAGGGUGGAGGUCCUGAAGCACGGCCCUCUCCUCAGAACCGAAAUCCCUGCCAGGCUCCAGCAGUGGCUGGACAUAGAUGCUACGUGUGUCCACAACAUCAUGAGAGGGACUCACUCAGGGGUCUUUGUUGUAAGCGGCGAAGUUCAGAGUGACAAAGUGGUGGUGAACAAAGCCUACGCCUGGCAGAAGAAGAACAGGAACCUGCACCAGGCGGUGCGGAGGUGGAAACAUCACCGCUGCCCUGAACAGGCUGGCCGGAAGGUCUGAAAAAUCUCAGUUCCAACAAUAAGAAACUGCUCCCUUCCCCAUGGCUAGAAAACUCCUUCCCCUGGCAGUUGGUGUCUUGGACAUGUACAGUCAAUACUUUUAGGUGAGUCAAAGCAGUCAUAGUCCACAGAUAGGGCCUCAUCACAGACCCCUGUUUUACUGAGACAGAGCUUAAGGAUGCAAAUGUAACAUAUUCCUCUUGCAAGGCUCUGCAGAUCCAGGACUUGGCGAUAGACAGCUUUGUGUCAGAUCCAACAUCACAACAAAACUGAACGGAACUCUGCAGGUGAGCACAAGCUGGAAGGGACCUGUCAUAACAGCACCUUCCAGCUCUCAUCAUCAGAGCUGAUAGCCCUUUCAGCUUCAUUAUUUGUUCCUGAGACAUUGACGCUGUUCAACUGUCUGCUUGCUUUCUGUCCAGAGAGAUUACGUGAAAGUCUCCCCGAGUGCCAACAUGCUUUUUUAUAUAUGGAGCAAAUACUUUACUUUUGAACAGUCUGAGGCAAAUUAAGAGGGACAGAAACCCACCCAGGAAUGCCCAAUCCCUUAAAAAAUGAAUGUUAAACUCUGGUCUUGAGCAGUCACUCAGGCUGUCCCUUCAGCUUUCUGUGCUGAGAAUUGACGA